CACUCGCCGAAUUGAGAUUUCAUUCCUUUCAAGGCCCCCUUGGAAAUCCGCAACCCUAAUGGCCAUCGCCGUGGACGGGAGUGGGUUGCGUUGACCCACCGGUGCUUGCGAUGGGAUCUGGCGGGGCAAUUGAAACUACACAGAGCUUGACGGCCUCGUUUGGAGAUAGAACCUUCGAGGCUUGCUCCUCCAGCCAUUUAACCAUUCGGUACUUAAUGCGCAACUACCUCAGAACCUCGCGCAUGCAGUUUUCUCAAUGAUAUGGGAGUUCUAUAGACAAUACUACAAGAUGCCGUUCGGACAGCUCGUCCUGGGCAGCCCCGGCGCCGGGAAGAGCACAUAUUGUGAUGGCAUGCACCAGUUCAUGGGCGCCAUCGGGCGACAAUGUUCUGUCGUCAACCUCGAUCCUGCGAACGAUCACACCAACUACCCCUGCGCACUCGACAUUCGGAACCUGGUCACGCUGGAAGAGAUCAUGUCAGACGAUCGGCUAGGGCCCAACGGCGGGAUCCUGUACGCGCUCGAGGAGCUGGAGCAUAACUUCGAGUGGUUAGAGAACGGGCUAAAAGAGCUGAGUGACGACUACAUCCUGUUUGACUGCCCGGGCCAGGUCGAGCUCUACACCCACCACACGUCCGUGCGCAACAUAUUCUACCGGGUACAGAAGCUGGGAUACAGGCUCGUAGCAGUGCACCUAUCCGACUGCUUCUGCCUGACACAGCCCUCCCUCUACAUCUCCAACCUCCUGCUCGCGCUGCGCGCCAUGCUGCAGAUGGAUUUGCCGCACAUCAACGUACUGACCAAGAUCGACAAGAUCUCGUCGUACGACCCGCUGCCCUUCAACCUCGACUUCUACACCGAGGUGCAGGACCUGUCGUACCUGAUGCCGUGCCUCGAGGCCGAGUCGCCAGCGAUGCGCAGCGACAAGUUUGGGCGGCUCAACCAGGCCGUCGCCGACCUCGUCGAGCGCUUCGGGCUGGUGAGUUUUGAGGUGCUGGCGGUGGAGAACAAGAAGAGCAUGAUGCAUCUCCUGAGGGUGAUUGACCGCGCGGGCGGGUACGUGUUCGGCGGGGCCGAGGGGACGAACGAUACCAUCUGGCAGGUGGCGAUGCGGAAUGAGGCGUCGAUGAUGGACGUGCAGGAUAUCCAGGAUCGGUGGAUCGAUAACAAGGAGUUUUACGACGAGCUGGAGCGGAAAGAGGAGGAGGAGCAGGAGAAGCUGCGGGAGGCGCAGGCCGAGGCGGCGGCGGAAGUUACGGGCGUAGGUGGCUUAUCGGGGAUGCCGCUUUCAGAUAGUGGAAUACGAGUAGCGCGCAAGAAGAAGUGAAGUCUCUGAGUCGGGCUUGUCCCAUUCACCCGUCGUCAGACGCGGACACACCGCCGUCUCCAGACUCCGGGAUGUCAUCAGUGUCCUUGGGACCUCCCAGCAUGGCCAGACUGCGGGACUGCCUGUUGUCGCUGCGCAGGAGAGCGCCCAGGGCGUCGGACGACGAGCUCUUGCUGGCCAUCUCGUCCUUGGCGGCGAGGACCAACAACUUGGCGCGGCGCACGGCCUCCUCCUCGACCUUGCGGAUGGUGCCGCUGACGCGCACGACGCGGAAAACGCAGGGCCUGCCGUCGCGGAUGGGCACGCAAUUCAUGAAGGCGAGGGCCGCCCAGACGAGGCGAUAGUGGGCGCGCGAGACGCGCAGGAUGAAAGUGGAAGUGGCGGGAGAGAG